AUGGAGGGAGAUGGAGGACAGAGGAGCACCAACAUCAUCGCCAGCUUCAAGAACCUCGUGCCCCAGCAAGCCACGGUGAUCCGGGAAGGAGACAAGUUCCAGAUUGACGCCAACCAGCUGGUGGUGGGCGACGUGGUGGAGAUCAAGGGGGGCGACCGGGUGCCCGCCGACAUCCGCAUCCUCAGCGCCCAGGGCUGCAAGGUGGAUAACUCGUCGCUGACGGGAGAGUCGGAGCCGCCGACGCGGUCGCGACCCGAGUGCACCCACGAGUCACCUCUGGAGACCCGCAACAUCGCCUUCUUCUCCACCAUGUGCCUCGAAGGUACGGCCACGGGGCUGGUGAUCAACACGGGCGCCCGGACCCUCAUCGGGCGCAUCGCCAGCCUGGCCUCGGGCGUGGAGAACGAGAAGACGCCCAUCGCCAUCGAGAUCGAGCACUUCGUCGACAUCAUCGCCGGCCUCGCCAUCUUCUUCGGCGGCACCUUCUUCGUGGUGGCCAUGGUCAUCGGCUACCCCUUCCUCCGUGCCAUGGUCUUCUUCAUGGCCAUCGUGGUGGCCUACGUGCCCGAGGGGCUGCUGGCCACCGUCACGGUGUGCCUGUCGCUGACGGCGAAGCGGCUGGCGCGGAAGAACUGCGUGGUGAAGAACCUGGAGGCGGUGGAGACGCUGGGCUCCACCUCGGUCAUCUGCUCCGACAAGACGGGCACCCUCACGCAGAACCGCAUGACCGUGGCCCACCUCUGGUUCGACAACCAGAUCCACACGGCUGACACCACCGAGGACCAGUCCG